GUAAAAUAUAUUUAUUUAGCGUUGCCUGAAUUUGGUGUUUGAUAAAAACAAUCAUAAAAGCAGUAAGAUAGCUAUAUCUGUACAGUUUAUAAAUGUAAUUAAUUACAAUUAAAACAUCAUUUGAUCACAAAAUGGCUCAUUUACAGUACAUGCCGGGUGAUCCCCGGUUAGUCGAUCAAUUAGUUUACGAGUUAAAAUCUAAAGGAAUCUUUGAUCAAUUCCGCAAAGAUUGCAUCUCGGACGUGGACACGCGGCCAGCCUACCAGAACCUGCGGCAGCGAGUGGAGAACUCCGUCUCCCUGUUCCUGUCCCGUCAGACCUGGAAACCGGAUUUAAACAAGAACCAGCUGCGGGAGAAGCUCAGGAAACAUAUACUUGACGGCAACUACCUCGAGCAAGGUGUAGAAAGAAUAGUGGACCAAGUAGUCAACCCCAAAGUGGCGUCUGUCUUCAUACCACAAGUAGAAGACUUAGUUUACAACUACCUAGGCAUCGCUAGGAAGAAGUCUACACCUGAAACAUCAAAUGAGAAAGGAAAUACCUCAACUGAUCUACUGCCGACUGAUUUAGAAGCCGUCAGUCCAGGGUCAGUGAAAAGUGAUGAUAAAGAUGAACAAAUGGAAGAAUCUAAAGAUGAAGGAAUGGAAGUUGAUGAUGAUAAAGUCAAAGAAAUUAAUAUCAAUGAUAUAUCCAUGCCGUCUGAUAUAGAACCUGAAAAAGAGGCAGAUACUCGGCUUUCAGGUAUCAGUAAUUUGACUUCACACGGUUCUGAAGCUAGUUUAGGUAAAUUGAGCAUACCUAUGCCUGCUGAAGAAAUUAAUCUGGAGAAUAUACCGUCUCCAGAGAACAGUCCUCCUAAAAUUGAUUUAGACAGCAUUGAGUUGCCUAAGGAAGAGCCAGAAAAUAUUGAGUUGAAAGAUAUACCUCUACCUGAUGAGAGCCCAAAGGAAGAGAAAGAUCAAUACUUUAAACCAAUAAACAGUGAUGAUGAUUCUAGUUCUGAAUCAUCUAUAAUUAGAAAUAUGUCACCUCUUACCCCGAUAAGAAAUUUCAAUAAUGAAAAUUCUUGCGACGCGCAACAAGCUUUUGAUAAUGAUUCUGAUAAUAAAAAUGACGAUAAAAAAGAACCCAAUACAUUUCGAUUUACUAUUGAUGCGAAAUCACCUGAAAAUAGUUCUGACGUUAAAGAUAUUAAACCAGAAAAAGAAGAACAGUCAAAUUUGGCGUAUCAAUUUAAUGAGCAAGUUAAUAUCAACACAUUUAACACACCUUUAUAUGAUGACAGUUCUAACAGUCACAAUUUACAAAUUGAUUAUGAAAGUGAUGCUAAUAGCAAAACAAAUUUGGAUAAAAUUCCUUUCCCUGAUGAUCCUACGUCAGAAGAUUCUAAGAAAGAAUCGGCAGAUAACAAAAGGAGUUACAAAAGCUCACACAGAUCUAGAGAUUCCCAUAGACAUAGCUCUAGCAGCAAAGAUAAGAGAACCGAUUCAAAACACUCAAGUUCUAAAGACAGAAAAGAUUCUAAACAAGAUAAGAAAUCUUCUAAAGAUGACCAAAGUAAGUCGAAAUCUAGUUCUGAUAAGUCUAAAGAAAAGGACCGAAAAGAAAGCAAAGAUAAAGAUUCUAAACAUAGAAGUUCUCAUAAAAGCUCGAGUAGCAAAGAUUCGAAGCAUAGAAGCUCAAGUUCCAGUCAAAGGCAUUCUAGCAAACAUGAUGAUAAGGACAGGAAGUCUAGUAGCUCAAGCAAUAAAGAUAAAGAAAAGUCGGAUAAAAUUUCAAAGGAUCACAAAUCAUCAAGAGAUUCUAAAUCAUCUCGUUCAGAUAAAGAUAAAGAUAAAAAGAAAAGAGAUGAUAAGGAUAAAAAAGAUAAGAAAGACAAUGAUGAUCAUUAUAGUGCAUCAGGUAGGGGAAAUCACACUCGUCGCUCCACUGAUAGAGAUUCCAAUGACGGUAGCUCAUCUUCAAAAGGAUCGCACAAUCCUUCUAGUUCGAAAUCUUCAGAAAGCAAAGCUAAUAAGGGUAACAGUUCCAAAUCUGAUAAUACUUCACCGAGCAGCAAUUCUAUCAGUCCCAGUGAUAAAGAAAACGUAUUGAAAGAAGGAAACACAAAAGCGAAUGUAAAUCAACCAAAACCUGUCAGAGUAGAUACACGCCUAGAAAUGCCAAUGGCAUCGCCUCCGCGCCUCCCUUUUGUACCAGACGUGACAUUGAAAAAGCCUAGAUUCGCUGCGAAUUUAGCAGAAGCAAAGCGGCUAAUGAAAAUGAGGAGAUUCUUGGACGAAGAACAGAAGAGAAUGAAUCAAGAGGCAGCGUUACUUUUAGAAUUCCAAGCAAAUGUUAGACCCAGUCUUAGCCAAGUAUAUUCUAGCGUUUCUGGUCCUGAAUUAGAGUUUGCUUGUAUUUCUAACACUGCGGAAUCUCAAAAACCGAUUAUAGAAACGAAUUAUGCUGAAGUGAAACCUAUUGAAGAAAUGGAAUAUGCCCCAGAUUCCAUAGAAAUGCAACUUAGUGAAAUGAAUAAGGAAAGUAAUAAAAUAAAUCCAAGUGAAAUCGAAAAAGAAACUAAAAAGGAAGAUGAUAUAAAAGAAGACAUAGUUACAAAAGAAGAAGCAUUCGAAACAGGAGAAGUAUAUGAACCUAUAGUAUUAAAUCAGCCUGACUUUGAGGAUACUGAGAAGAUAUUAAACGAAAUUUCAAAGAAAGUAUACGGAAUUGUAGAUGACGAGGAUGAAGAUAAUAUAAAGGACAUUUACAAGCCUGAACUUAGAAAAGAAGAAGUAAUAACCGAAGGCAUUAAAAAUGAACACACAGAAUUUGAGGUUACAGUCAUAACUGAAGAAAUUGGUGACAAUGAACCUGUAGGGGAGGUACCGGAUAAUGAACUAAGAAUUAUUAUUCAAAAAGAGGAUCCAGAAGAUACAUUCGAAUAUUUCGCUGAGCAUGAGAAAUAUAAUGCAGAAUUAGAAAGGGACAAAUUCGAGAGAUUCCUUAAAACAUACACGACUGAUAUAGGCAGUAACAAAUUAUAUCUUAUAAACUGUGAUUCUUAUGAAGAAAGCAUAAUAAAAGAAGUAGCACAAACGCAUGGCAAUUUCGAAAUCAUUAAUUAUCACAAAAACGGUCACACGAAUAAAAAUAUAGUGAAAAACGUAAAUGUCUCAAAUGAAAUCGUUCUACCAUUAGACAGAAACACACCAGUACAGACUGUGAUCAGAUCCCCAAUUUUCAGUCCGGUCAAAUCAGAAUGUUCUUUCGAACUUUCAAGCGACUAUGAUGCGAAAUUAGAAGAAAUGGUAAACAAGGCAUCGAGACAACAGAUUAUGGAGAUAAUACUGGGUGGGGCGGAACCAGAAGAGAGUAAACUACCACAGAUAGAUUAUUUUGUGGAGGAUAACAUUGUGAAGCAAGAUGAUUUGAAGAGGAAACUGUCGGUUGAGAGUUCGGAUAAUAAUAAUGGGCAUGUGUUGAAGCCGAAAUUGAGGAGGAUGAGUGAAUCUGAUCAGAUAACGUCUACUACUGAAGAGACCCCAGACCCGUUGAACGUGAGUCGGACCAACAAUGUUCGAUCCAAAUACUUGGGCCGGGCGCGGCGGGUCGGCCUGCCGAGGCCCAAGAGGACCGUACACCCCAACAGCCCUUCAAGCGACAAGUCCGUCGAAAACUAUGACACCAACGACCGCUCCCCAGACACCAAGAUUAAAAGGACCCCCCAUGUGCGCUAUGACACCUCAGACCUCUACAAACCGAAGCUCCACUAUCUGUCCCGGAGGAACAAUAUUACAUAGGUUAGUUUAGGUACCACACUAAAGCUUCAUUGAUUCUGUUAGUCUAAAUUUAACCCUUCGAGUGCCACGCGUAAACAACGUCAAAAACAUCUAAGUCACUAGGGUUUUGACUUUUCACUAAUCAUUUUGUAUGAAAUCAUGUGUAACGUGUGACAAUUUAGUUACCAGAGAACAUGGCACAGUACAGCGCCACCUGUGAUGGCUGUCAAAGUGGAGGGCACAACUAUGUUUCUUAUACUUUACAAGUCUUAUACAAUCAAUGAAUCUUUGCUUAUACCAGAGACGAGUAAACAAAGAAGACUGACAACCGCCAUACAACGCUGCGAGAAUCGUCAAUGUUGUAGAUGUUAAAUAUUAUUGUUAUAUUUUAGUUAUAUGCGCAUCAAAACUGCCUUGAUAUUGCUAUUUAUAGUUUUAUAACGUAAAAUUGGACUUGACUGACCGCGUAUUUAAAGCAUUUUUCACGCGUAUUGUCAAAUCUGACCUUUAAUAAAAAUGAAAAUACGCGUCAAGGCCCGAUCUACGAUCUAUAUAAAAAUUAGUUAAAAAUGUUAAAGCUAGAUGGCGCCAUUACAUAGGAAUAGUCCUUAACUGCCUUUAUGAUGCUUUAAUAAAAUUGUACGUUUGUGCAUAUGACUAGUAGUAGCAACUCGAGUCUUUUGAGUCUAAAUUAAAGAACUCUACUCGUUUUUACGAGACUCGGAGCUUAAAAAACUUCUGAGUCUUUGAAGUCCCGAGUCGAGUCCUUUAUUGAGUCUUUUUUAAUCGCAACUCAAAAGGACUCGAGUCUCCGGAUAAAGACUAAGUCAACAAUUUUAUAGGUUUUAUCUAAACAACAGUAAAGUAAAUAGGCGUUAUUGCAUGAUUUAUGUUAUUUACAUCCAUGAAUUUUACAUAAACAACGCAUUUAGAAGUUAUUUGUAAAAAAAUACAAGUUCUCCGAAAAGGACUCAAGUCUACAAAAGACUCGAGUGUCUAAUAAGUUGAAAAGAACUAGAGUUUCAUCUUAAUUAUGAGAGUCUGAAAAACUGAGUCGAGUCUUAAAGCACAGGACUCAAAGGACUCGAGUCUUAAUCAACGCUACAUACGACAGCGGCCAGCGGUGGCAGCAUGUUUGCAUUUUUAUGGCUUGUCAAUAUGUCUGUCACUUUUGCACUUACAUACUUGUUAGAAUAUGACAGGCGAUAAAAAUGCGACAGUGCUAACGCCCAAGGAAAGUCUGAUUUUACUUGAAGUCAUAAAAGCAGUAAGUGAUAGAUUUUAGACAUACACGGUGUUUUUUUAAACUCCGUUAACUUCGGGGUAUGGCUAAGUACAUUUAAGGAAACUGAAUGACAUAGUUUUUUUUCGUACAAAAGCGUUGUUGUCACACGGACAUUAUAAAAUCCACCAAACAAUUGAAAACGAUGACAUUUCGAAUAUCGAUCGUCCGAGAUAGUACUUGCGUUUAGUAGCAAACGUAUGACCUCAUACUAAACAUUAAUCAAUAUGUAAACAGGCCCUAUGGCGAGUGAACUCGCUCGUAGGGGCCUUAUCAGAUGAAAAAUAAUCAUUGAUUAUCUCCAAAAUGGAGUUAAUUAGAAUUAAUUAGAAUAUAAAUUAAAGGACUUAUGUAGCGCGCGAGAAAGGUGGUGUUGUAUUGAGGUUGUUCGUCUUGAAUAUUUACUAGUCUCUGCUUAUACGUACAUUUACCGUAUCCCUUGUUUUUAUUUCCCAGAUCCUAAAAUGAUAGUUCGAUUGCUCCAAUCUGUCCUUUCGUCCUUUGUAUAGAAAAUUGGUACAGUCACGUCUGAAAAUAUCGAUACGAAAAAUGUGCCAAAAAUAUGUAUACACUGCCUUAAUAUAUGGGCAAUAAAGUCGUGUAUACAUAUUUUGGCACUUUUUUCGUAUCGAUAUUUUCAGACGUGACCUUACAAAAGUACCAAAUAAAUGGAGUUAAUUAAACAAUCGAAUUUUAGUAUCUGGUAUAUUUAAAAACAGCUAACAUAGGUUAGGUACAAAACUAUAGUUCGUGUCAUCCACGAAGACGCGCAGAUUUGUCAAAUCUAACCUUUAAUUACAUGAUUUUACGAGUCAAGCCACGUGUCUUCGUGAAUGACAUGAUAUAUAACAUCGUUUUAUAAAAUUAUUAUAAAGAAAAUCGAUUAUAAUUGUGAUUGUGGUGAUUAAUGAUUAACCAGGUUAAUCAUGACUUAUUUGUAUUGAUAGUAUUCCCUAACAAACGUUAGUAUUAUCAAUUAAUGUAAUUGAUAAUAUUUCAUAUUUGUAAUCUUUUAAUUUUGUGACCGAUUAAAAAGAGAUUUCACCAAUAUCCCAGUAGAAAUUAAUAAGGAGAUGCAUAAAGUGGUGUUCAAAGCAUGCAAAUGUGCCAGGUGCACAAAAGUUAAGAAAAGUUCGCGAAAAUUCCAAGAUAAUUUCAUAGAAAAUUAAGAAAACUCAUUUUGGAAACGGAAAUUUUCAUCGCGACGAACGAAAAGUCUAAUGCUGAACAAAAACAGCUAAUAUUAUAACCGGAACUCUAUUUUCAGCUUCUGCUUGUAAUAUUAGUUGUAAAUUAUUGAGCAAUACACCUUUCGUCAGUCGCGACACUCGUGACAUCUAUUGUCAAGUAGCAGUACUGAUAAAUCCCCUACUUGACGCUAGAUGUCGACUACGAAAAUAAUAACCAUUUUGGUACCAAAACUGAUGUGUAGAGUGAGCACACUAUGCUGACUUAUUUCUCUAUGCUAUAUUUAAGUUUCGGAAAAUGUUCAAUAUGGAAAGAUCGCUCUUUUGGAAACUAUCCCACGACACAUCAGUUGAAUCAAGUAUAUGUAUAAUUUUGAACUGUCGCUGCUGUACACAAUAUUCUACACCACUUUUAGCGUCUCCUUAUUCCUUUGUCUUUGCCCGUGUUUUUUGUCCGUCCGAUUCAUGCAUGCAAGAAUCUGAUAAAAUUGGUAAUAAGAUGUUUAUUUAGUGAUGUAACUAUAAAAAAAAAUAGAUAGAUAUGCGAUACUAUACGAUGAUAUAUUUAGGGGUAAAACGAUUACAGGUAGAAUAUAUUAUUAAGUCAAAUGUGUGGCAUUAACUAUAUGAUCCUUGCCAUAUUAUAACCAAUAGGAGUCGCAAAUAUGAUUAUAGUUCUUGUCAUCCUAGAUGACGUGCAGAUUUUUCAAAUAUCACCUUUAAUUACAUAACGAUACGGUCUUCGGUUUGAGCUCCAUCUUGAUAGUUACGCUUCGUGAUUAAUUACUUUGUUUAAAGUGUAAUAACGAUAGCUUAUUAUACAGUAAACUAAAGUGGCAGUGUGCAGUGACUGAAGAAUUAAUCUUGAAACGCGUUUAACCUCCAUUUUGGAGUCAAUGGCCGGUAGUCCACGUGCUCCUUGUAAAGUGCAGCUAACGCUUUAUAAGCGCUGAUGAAAUCACCGUACACUGUCUUGUACUAACCGUACAAUUUUAGUCGUAUCUGAAGCUCAUAACUUGAUACUGGCGAAUUAUAAUAGAAGAAAAAGAAGAUAAUAAAAUCACCGUACACUCGUAUUAACCAUACAAAGCUCCUACCUUGAUACUGGCGAAAUAGUCCCACUGGACUGAAGCAAUUUUUUUUUAAGAGGUUAAGUGAUGACAAUGCGAGUCAAGACACGCGUCGUCGUGGAUGACACGAUCAUUAUCUAAAUAAGUCUCCUAAUAUCAUAAAAUUCAUAAAAGACAUUCGUUUUGUGUAAUUAAACCACUCGCGGUCCUGUAAGAGCAAGAGGCAACCUUUUGCUAAAAUAAGAAAGUAAGGAUGCCAAGCGCUAAGAAUUCCGUACAUUGACCCGCAAUUCAAGGCUCGGAAACCGGUAAAAUUUCCAAACCGUUAUCAUAUACUUGGCGUUGGCGCCAAGCCUUUUAAUUUCGGUUUCGCUCGAAAAACUGUUAUUUUGAAACCGGUUUUUAUGAGAACAGUUCUUGACAAAUUAACCGGUAUAGAAUAAUAAAAACCGGUUUCUUUCUAUGUUGGUGUCUAUGUUUACGUGGCACACCACCAGACCGACCGGCUGUCUUACGUUGCAAUAGUAAUUAAAACGUUCGCGUUCUUAUAAAAGUUCGGAGAAAAACCGAAAUAAACUGUACUUUAAAAACCGGUUCCGAGCGUUGCCGCCAUUUCUUAUCAAAAUUAUCGCAUGGGUAUAUAUUACCGUUGUUAGGUAUGUUACCGUAUAGUUAGGUAUAUUACCGUCGCUCAGUGGGAUUGGCCGCCGGCAUCAUCGGCGGGACAGCAAUACAUACAUAUAAUUACGUGCAUUGCGCGUGCAACAGAUAUAUGAACAGACAGGUCAAUGUUUGAAUUUCUUCGUGUUUAGCGUGCUUGCUUUAGCUGGAAUAAACAUACGUUUCGUGGUAACUUGAUUGUCAAACCUUACAGCGACAUCUAGUUCAGUUGUCUGUUAUACUUUGCGUCAUUUUGUGCGUCUUAAUAUUAAUUUGUCUAUGGCCUUACCUUGUCAGAUAGUUCCAGGUGUAUUAGCAAAGAGAAUUUGAAAUAGAGGUGAAUUGUCAAAACAAACAUUGUAGCCACAGUAAAUUUACUGCUAUCUUUCGACACAUCAUUAAAACUUUAGAACGCCAUUUGACUUUGAUCCAUAUUCUUUCGCGGAUGCGUUAAAUUUGUUAAAUAUCAAAAAGUGGCGCCAUCAGCUCGAGCAUAGGCCAAAGGUGCCAUCGCUCAAAAAGAUGACAAUCCACCUCUAUUUCAAAUUCUCUGUGGCAUUAGUUAGCCUUUAUAACUGCAAUAAUAUUAUACUUUCAUCUACGAUAAGUGGAAAUUAUCAGAGGAAUACUUUUUAAUUUUUUUUUUCAUCUGUUAAGUGUUACCACUGGAAAGUGAGAACCAUAUUUACUUUGAUGUGAUAACAACUGGGUCGUAAUAAGUGAGUUCAAAAGAAUAAAACAAAUUGCAGUUGGUAUUUGACAAUUUUGUAAUAUUACAUUACGAUACAAGUGCGAAAAAGAAGAAAUCCGCAACGAGUGGCUAUAAAUUAAAACACGACAAGAGUUACGAAUUACCUAUUUGCACUUGUAUCGUACAUAUGGAAGGAAGAAGUAAGGAAUGAAAUCUCCAUGUACCAAAAAGUUUCCGUCAAAAAACCUUAAAUAGGUGGCGCUACAAUACCUAGAAUAUUUGAAAAAAAAAAAAAACCAAGUCAUAGACAGUGCACUUUACAUCUUCUAUAACGUCUAGGUUCUUAGCUACUCUAGCGCUACUCUGGAGAGUUUUGGAACUAUUAUUUAUAGCUGACAUCUGGACACUUUUGCAACAGUUCUGCCUAUGGAGAUUGCAUUCCUUACCUCUACCUACCAUAAUCGUACACAUGCAACAUCAACAUCAUCGUGCACUGGUGCUGUAAAGUAGCACCAUAUUUACUAUAAAAUAAGUUUAUCUCAAAUAAUUUCCACCAUAACACCUGUAAAAUAGCCAUGCAAAUACUUUAAGUAGUGUAGAAAGUUUUAUAAAUAAUAAUUAUAUUAUUACAAAGCGUUUUUAGAAUGUUAACUUUUUUAACGUAAGGAUGAUUAACUGAAUAGGUACCUAUAAAUGUUAAAUAAAUAAUCAUAAAACUGG